UGAUUCCGAUUUUCUCGUUUCAGGUUUCUGCUGCGCACAGCCUGCAUCAAGAACGCCUGGUCAUCCUGACCCCGGCCAACAUUGAACUUCUAACGGCCACCAGCAAAUAUUCCAAUAAACCGGCGUCACAGAGGAGUACUGCCGACGAGAGGAUAGUUGCCGAGCAAUUUCACGCGGCAACUCGCAGCGAUUUCCGUGACCGCCCCAAUCAGCGCGGACAAGUAGCAAUAAAUCUGAAACAAAUAACGAACCUACGUCCGAAACGUCUUGCUCGGCUCGCUCGUGUUCUUGUUAGUGAGGCGCCUCCCGUCGACUAGUCCGUGCUCAGUGGCGGGUCUGCUCAGAUCAUCUCCAAAACUACUCUACUCCCGAGCUCAAGGGUGCAGAUUUAGUCGCCCUGUCACGUCUCUAGGGUGUGUGAAGGCUGUCGCAGUAGGUAACUGAGCGCGUCUGGCGGCCGAUGCGCCUCGAAGGUCACUGACUGCAGAAAUUCGAUCGGCGCAACGUUCAGACAGAUUCGGCGGCGGCGGCGGCGCGCGUCGCCGCAGUCGAGGUGGUUCGUCGCAAGCGACAGCUGGCCCCGCGUGCCGCGUCGAGAUCGGCGGAACAGUCGGGCGACCGACGUCGGCGUGAGCGUUCGCGUACCAACGGUCUCACAGAGGGCGGCCGCUGACAGCACGGUACAGAACUCAGGACACUGGUGAUAGACAGUGCAAGCAUCCGGUGUGGCAAACGGACAUCGGAUAUCAUUGCCGCUGGUUGGCAAAUCUCUUUGGAGAAAACUGGACGCGAUUCGACAGGCGUCUAAGCGCUGUGAGAGAAAGAACCGCAAGUGAAAAACAGGUGCGAUAUAUACGUAAAAGAUUUUUUGAAAAGCACAAAUCCUCGCAUUUCCUCACACGUGCUUAGCAUUUCUCUGCUUCCUCCGUAAUCUAAUUUUCAAAGCCACCCGAAAAUCAUGGCCUCCGAAAAUGACAGCUUCUUGUUUGAUGACUUCGGCUUGGACUUCUUGAACGACUCCAUCUCCUCUACAUCCGCCUUCCACAACAGCGUCAACGACACGUCCAGCACCGACGGCGACAUGCACACCGUCAUCCCGAUGACGGUGCUGUACGUCAUCACCUUCCUUCUCAGCGCCGUGGGCAACACAGUCACCUGCAUCGUCAUCGUAUACAACAGGUACAUGCAUACCGCGACGAACUAUUAUCUCUUCAGCAUGGCCAUCUCGGAUCUUCUGCUUCUUGUUACUGGACUGCCCAUCGAGCUCUACGGCUUCUGGACGCCCGGACAGCCGUACGCCUUUGGCGAGACGUUCUGCAUCGUUCACGGACUGUGCGCCGAAACGUCCACUAAUGCUUCCAUUCUCACCAUCGUGUUCUUCACAGUGGAGCGCUACAUGGCGAUCUGCCAUCCACUGAUACAGCAGACCAUGUCAAGUCUCCCUCGUACCAUCCGCAACAUCGUCUUCAUCUGGGCAGUUGCACUUCUCUGCGCCUGUUUCCCCGCUGCUCAGUUUGGUAUCAAACACAAGCUGGAUGAGUUCGGUAACAUCCGCGAGGAGACUGCCAACUGCAACGUGGUGCGCCAUCUCUUCCCCUACGUCUUCGAGGUGUCGUCAGUGCUGUUCUUCGUCGUGCCGAUGAUGAUCAUCACGCUUCUCUACGUUCUCAUCGGGCUGCGCCUGCGCCGUUCCGGACGCUCGAGGCACAUGUCCCGAGGAAGUAUGCACGGAGGAGGGUCCGGUACCGGCGCCGGUGCCAUCGCUGCCAGGAGAGCCGUCAUCAAAAUGCUAGUGGCGGUGGUGGUAGCAUUUUUCAUCUGCUGGGCACCAUUCCACGCGCAGAGACUACUGGCCAUCUCCGUGCCCGACAACCGAUCAGAGGUCGUCAAUGCCAUUAUGCAGGGUCUGUAUCGGGUCUCUGGAGUACUCUACUUUGUCAGCACAUGCGUCAACCCCAUUCUCUACCAUAUUAUGAGCGCCAAGUUCCGACAAGCCGUUCGGGACACCUUUGGAAAGACCUGCAAAAGACUGUGCUGCUGUUCAGGGACUUGCGAUCGAGAGGAUUCAGUCAGUCAGCCGUCAACAAACAUUACUGGACUGACGCCAUCGGCCGACGGUGGUUCGGAAAAGAUGCCGGAGCUUCUCGCCACGGUCGAUCCUCUGCUGGCCAAAAACACCACUGUCACCCGGGUCUGAGCCGCCGCUCGACCGCCACCAUGACGCCAUUAUGACGUCACAAUGGCGUCGUUUCUUUUCUUUCAUCGCUUCCCUUGACCGGUUGAUGUGCGUCGCAAAAAUCAGCGCCGCUCAACAGACGACCUCGUUUAGCCUGAGCAUCUAAGUGAGUGCAACAGUCGCCGGUUGGUCACGCAAGACCACAUCUCGCAGAACAUUUAGCCGCCGCUAUUUGGGGCCUCUGACGUCAUCACUGACGUCAUUUGAGCUCGGAGUCGGCCGUCGGAUACUACGCAGUGACAGGCGUGACCUGCUGCUCUUUAAACGACACUGAUAAUAAGUGAUUGGCGCAGAGCGGAAACGAAGGAACGCUGUCAUGGCGAUGUAUGAUAGCCGUUGGGUAAAGACUCGCUGAUCCGAUGGUGCUGUGCUGGAGAUGACAAUCGUAGCGCAUGUGACGAGAUAUGACGCUGUGUAGUGAUGCGUAGCGAUGGAGCUCGAGUCUCGCCGAUUCGAGUCUCGUAUCCAUCGAAGCUGAAUCCAAUGUUUCCUCGGAUGAAAUCAUUUGUAGUUUUUUUUUUAGAACAGAGGCGCAUUUAUGUUUUCUUUUUUCAUCAGCAUGCAUUUUGUCUCACAUAGCAGUUGUGGUGCCAGGCUGGUUUUGAGUGAUCAAUGGUAAAUGUGAAUACUGAAUAGGUCAUUUCAGCGUGUGUAUUGUUCGAAUUGUGUGGUUGGACUUUUGGCCAUAUUUUUGCGCGUAUGAGAGGGUUAUGAAUCUCGUCUUGUUGGCCUGUAGAUGUCAAGUACUUGGCUUAUUUGUCGUAUAACUGGAAUAUGUAGGUUGUUAACGAUCAACAUUUCGGUGCAGCGAAAACGAGUACCUGGUAGUUGAGAGAGAAACGGGCCGGACCCAGGCUUUUCGCCAAACGUAUGUGCAAUUUUUGCUCUGCAUAGCUCGCUUAUUGUACAUAUGUACAUUUAGUAUUUUUGAAUCACAGUAUCAAGUUGAAAUCUGCCACAGAUAGAUAUAUGUGAUUGGUCGGUAUGCUUCGUGGUGUAGAUAUGUGUUUUUUUUUUGUGUUUUGGUGAAUAUGUCCCAUCUUUUAUGUAUAUCAUUGUACCUUUAGUCACUGACAUUGUGUAUGGAUAAGAUGGUAAUGCGAUCAAGAACUUAAUCUGAAAUGUGAUAUACGUCAUUAUAAUUUAUGACGCUAUCUAUUUCUAAAAUUCGCUGCUGUGAAUAGGAUUGUGUUAUUUUUGUCAUGAUCUAUGUGUAUUGUAUAGAUUUAGAGAAGUAUUUUUGGCAGCAUCUGGAGAACUCGUGUUAGGAUGAAAUUAAUUAGUUUCUGGCUAAUAAUGGCUCAAAUAGUUCCGUAUGAGAUACUUCAGUCAUUAUUGCAGUGAGCAUAUAUCAAAAAAGUUCAUUGUCACAAUGCAAUAGUAGACUAUCGAAUUCCAUAAGCUUGAGCGGGUUGUUGGCUAUGGUGACGUUAUUCUGGCUAAACCUGUUGAGAUCAAUGGCUCCUUUUAUAAUACAGAUACGUAACUGCUAUCGAGAACGGUAUAAGUCGUAGCACCAAAGCCUUUACUUUUUCAAUUUUAUGUGAAUUGCAACUCGACGAAAUUUUAUGUUACGAGCAUUUAGUAGACAGUACUAUCCACUUAUGGUCAAUUUUCUUCUCCAUUCAUAGUAUUGUUUAUCUAAAAAUGACUUUUCUUACACGAUAAAGCUAUUUGUGUGAUAAGCGCAAGUCUGGAAAAGCCCAGCCCUACCAGCAACAACAUACCAGAGCGUUGCAUGAUGAAAUUUAGCUUGAUAUUCCCCACCUACACCAUUUAAAUCUUGCUAAAAAAGAUGAAAAUUUGUAUUUUUAAUUGGUGCUUAGAUUAUGCCACUCUCGACGGCCGAAAAAAAUAAUGUUACGGGAUGCCCUGUGAGCUUUCUUAAUAAGCGUAAGGAAAACUGUUAAAGGUGAAUAUCUCUAUCGAAAGUUGCUACUGAAUAUGCUGCAAGCUAUCGAGGGCCAUUGGAUGAUAUAUUUCAGGAACAUGAUAAGUUAGUGUGAACGAUGACAUUUGUCGCCAGCUACAUGUCUUUGUGUUCGAUGUAGUGUCGCGUCGGGCACCUUCAGAUAGCGCCCGCAGGAAUCUCCGACAAAUGUAGCGCUGCUCCAGCUCACAUCUCUCUUUUUGUGGGCUUAUUCCGUGUUGUGCGCCGCCCGACUGGACAGGAGGUGUUUCCGUGUGCUUUCCGCGUUGGAGCUGGCUCGUGGCGGCGCUGCCCCGAGCCCGACCCACCAGUUCUGCUGCCGCCGGGUUCAAAUACACCAUUUGUCUGGAUCGUUUGUAAUUGCCGGGAAGAAGGUUGGCCGCUGGGCGCCGAUAGUAGCGUGGAAAUGAUAAGUUACUACAGAUAUGACGCU